AGCCGGGGCCGGCGGACGGAAACGCCGGGACUUCCUUCGGGGUGGGAGGCCGGCCCUCGGGGCGGCGCGCUCCCCGCGGGCGAGCCGCGGUGAGGCGGCCCCGCGCACCCCGGGGCGGGCGGCGGCGAUGCGGGCCGCCUGGGUGCUGCUGGCGGCGUUGGCAGCCCUGUCCGCCUACUACGUGUACCUGCCGCUGCCCGGCACCGUGUCGGACCCCUGGAAGCUGAUGCUGCUGGAUGCCACCUUCAGGGCAGUGCAGCAGACGUGUCACCUGAUUCACUAUCUAAGACUCAGCCAUCACUUGAUAGUUCUGAAUUAUUUGAUAUGUACCUUUGACAAGUUGAAGUCUGUCUCCUCCGAAGACAUUAACAUCACGGAUGCUGUUUUUGACGGGGUGGAAGUCAGAGUGUUUGAACCUCCUGCAAAGCGAGAUGAAAGGCUCAAGCGCAGCGUUGUUUACAUCCACGGAGGGGGCUGGGCCCUGGCAAGUGCAAGAACAAGCCUUUAUAACAAUCUCUGCAGAAUCAUGGCUGAAUCUCUCAAUGCUGUAGUUGUCUCAGUUGAAUACAGGCUGGUACCAGAGGUGUGCUUCCCUGAGCAAUUCCAUGAUGCUCUCCGUGCUACUAAGCAUUUUUUGCAGCCUGAUGUCUUAGCUGAGUAUUCAGUUGACCCAAGUCGAAUUGCAAUUUCUGGCGAUAGUGCAGGAGGAAAUUUGGCAGCUGCUGUGUGUCAGCAGCUUAGCAAAGAUGAGCAUUUGACCAUCAGACCGAAACUACAGGCCUUAAUUUAUCCAGUCCUCCAGGCAUUUGACUUCAAUACACCUUCUUAUCAGCAGAACAUGAAUAUGCCCGUUCUGCCUCGUUAUGUCAUGAUCAACUAUUGGAUAGAUUAUUUCAAUGGUAAUUACGACUUUGCUCACUCACUACUGAUUAACAACCACACUGCUCUUGACGUUGGCCAAGCUCUCUCUUUCAGAGGACGUCUGAACUGGACAUCUCUACUGCCUUCAUCGUUCAAAAAGCACUACAAGCCUGUAAUACAAACCACAGGCAAGGCUGAAAUCAUCCAGGAGAUACCAGCGCUGCUUGACGUACGAGCAGUCCCGCUCCUUGCAGAAAAUGAAACUCUGCAGCUGCAGCCAAAGACUUACAUCCUGACCUGUGAGAAUGACGUCCUGCGAGAUGACGGGGUGAUGUACGCCAAGCGCUUGGAGAACGCUGGCGUGGAAGUCACGCUUGAUCACUUCGAUGACUGCUUUCAUGGCUGUAUGAUAUUCACCAUUUGGCCUACUGAUUUCUCUGCAGGCAUUCAGACCAGAAACAGCUAUAUAAAAUGGCUGGAUGAAAACCUCUGAAGAGAGAGUCUCUCUAGAAGACACAACGUGCUCAGCUCUGGUGUCUGUUCUUGCUAAAAAGCCAACAAUGAAAAAGUGCACUUUUCCAAAUUCUGACUUUAUCCGUUCCGCUGCAGCUGCUGGGGGUUACAGACCACUAACUACAGCAUUCACUAGCUCGAUUGGCCUUGCCCAGCAAAGUAUUUUGAGAAAUACUUUUUCAAACUUUGAUUUGUUUUCCCCUUCUUUCAGCUGGCAAUUGCCAAACAUAAACAAAUGUUGAGCAGGGAGAUCAGCAUUCCUGUAGCAUUCUUAACUGCCUGCAACUUUCCAAGCUUUGACUCUUGAUUAGGUACAAAGGCCACAGUUUUCAAAUGGUGUGAAGUAAAGGCAAACACCUACAUCUAUGUCUGAAUAUGUAAAAAUGGGAGCUAAUUUUCAACAGUGGUGAGCACCUGAUGUCAAAGAAAGUGUGAACACUCUCUUCUUUGACAGCAGAGCCGUGCAUUUGAAUGUCAAGCAUGGAUAUAGGUGUUGGCUUUUAGGCAUAUAGACAAAUGGCUCGUUUGAAUUUAAAAAAAAAAAAAGCUCUUCUAGGCAGUUAAGAUGAUGCUAGACAAGUCUCUUAGCCAAACAUGUAAUUCAGCUUUGGAAUUUGGUCUUUGUUGCCUUUUAGUUAUUUAUAUUUUAUAAAAGCACAGGACUAAUAUAUUUUCAAUAAAAAGUAUUACAGCAUACAUACAAAUAUCUAGGAUAAAAUAUUAUGUGUAGCAGCAGAAUCCAGGUUGCUUAUGUGAGUGAACUUCAAAGCUGACUACUAAUUUGGCUACUGAAUGUGACUUCAUGUGUGUUUAAAGCCUCAGUUUUAUGACCUCCUUACAGAAAAUACUGAGCUUACUAAAAAUAAUCUGCUGUAUGGUUUGCACUAAUGUUUGUAAUUAAUAGUAGAAGUUUUUGUUCAUUGACUUCUCUUCUGUGCUUGUAGUGUUGAUUAUAUUUCAUGCUUCCUGGAAGGAGUGAAGCAAGCAAACAGAAGUGGGCUCUAAUCUAUAUGGAAGAUUUAAAUCUGAGCUUUGCAGCUAAACUUUGUCUUGUAGACUGACCCAAAACACUAGGUAAGAUGAUCCUGCUAUUGUGCAACAAAUCUCUACAGUUUGAGCCAGUCUGUAAAAUUUGGACAAGCAGAGUGGAGAAUGAAACCACUUGGGACAGUGUAUAUUGUCCAGGAUGCUUACAGCUUGCAGAAAUGAAGGUUGUGUCAAAAGCCCGGUGUUUCUAGGCAAAGAGGAGAGAGUGGCUGACCCGUGACUAAACUAGUGGAUUAAAUUCAUCCUCAGCUUUACCACAGACUUCCUGUGGGACCCCAGGAGAACAACUUAAUCUCCUUAUGCCUCACUUUCUUUUUCUGCAAGAGAGGGAGUAGUAAUUUCCUACCUCACAAAGGAGCUGUGAAGCUGAAUUGGCAGGUGUGGGUGAAGCACACAGAUGUGACGGUGACUGGCAGGCACUGAACAGAUCCCGUACCUUUUGAUUUUCCAUCCUUCUCUAAUAGCUGGCUCCGAGCAGCCUGCCCCGUGACGAGUGGUGCGGCUAGGCUGUGGGUCCUCCUGGGCAGUUUGCUCAUCUCUGUCCUGGCUCCUGUGAAAAUACCGUAAGGUGAGGCUUCCUGGCUGCUGGGAGAUAAUGACAAAGGCAAUUUCAUUAGAAUGUUUCUUAGGGCAGGAUUCUGAAAAGUUCUUUAAAAAAAAAAAAAAAAAGGUACUGGUAGAUCAAACAGCCUUAUGUCAUUUAAAAUGUAUACAGACCAGUCUACUUUCACUGGUAUUUAAAUUAAAUAAGAGAAUGGCUUUACUGAAAUGUUGCUUCCUAGAAACAUCAGGUAGUUAAUGUGGUUGUAUGUAUUAAGAAAAGCUAUUAAUGAGAGAAGGCCUCGAUGUAGGCUCAGUCAUGCAGGCUGAAACUCAUUUCGGGGCAUAGGUUCACACGGAGGUCACAAGGCAAAGCUUUUUCAACAGUGGCUCAGAUCCUUUUUUCCAUUUAGAUUGUUACAAAGACUUGGUGGAGUUAGAGCAGCCGAGUGACAAUCUGAAUCAGAAUAAAAUUUGGCCAAGAUAUCCAAUUAACACUGCAGAAGAAUUCAAACUUUUUUCUAGAUUUAAACCCUCUUUUCUUCUUUCCCCUAUAAACACAACUUCAGUAGAUAUAAUUUACACUUAACAGACAGCAACCAAAGUUAUGUCCAUUCAAAAGGCAGAUUACUAAUCUUGAAGAAGGGUCUGCUCCAGCAUCCUUUCCACUGUAUGGAGGCGGCUCCGUUUACUUGACUUUAGACGACGACUUAGAGCCUCAAAAAAUAUCGUUACACUGAGUUGUAACAACAGGCUGCUUCUGGCUUUCCCACUUAAUGAGUACACCCAUGUCAGAAAAGAUGUAAUUUAUAUCCACCUGCUGUCAUUAAAAGAUAGUAGUAACUGUAGUACUGGAAGAAAAAAGUGGUUAAUAUUCCUAUAAAUUCUGUAAUUAUUAAGUUUGCCUGAGAGCUGUCUGCAAAGCUUUAGAUCAGCAUUUGUUUAUAGCUGAGUUAUAAAUAUCUGCUAUGAAGCUAUAAUAUAAUUGCUGCUGGGUUUUUUAACUGAAAUGAAAUGGAGAGCUGGAAUAUAUAUAUUCAUGGAGUCGGUUGUAAAUUUCCUUCAUGCACUGAAGCACAUUAAAGUCUUGGCACAAGAAAUGGUAGUAAGUAUAUAACUGGACUGAAUGUGUUUACUAAGUCAUCACCGGUUUGAUGCGACAUCCAAGAUCGGAGCACAACUUGGAUGUGAUGUUACAGUAUUAACUAGUUCUGUCAGAAUAUCUUGACUACUUUUAUCAUGCAGCUGUAUGGUUUAAGUACGUGAUAGCUGCAAAGAUACGCGAUGGAUCCCAUAACAUAUAAAAAGAGGUCUGAGCUCCAGCUAUAAAAAGACCUUUUAGUAGAUAGCUGCGCAAGACACCUGAUUAAAAUUCAGUGUAAACCUUGAAGUAAGUGUCAGUCUAAACUCAGCUUUCCUCCUACUUUGCUUUGUUCUCCUUGCCCACAGUCCCUGUGCCCAAAGUUGAAAGUUGAGGGUUGUUGCCAGCUGAGCUGCUGCAAGCUCCCAGAAACCGAGCAUUAUCUCAGCUGAGAGCUCAACCAGGGCCGGCAGGCACUUUUACAGAAAGCUGAUGCCUGCUAGCAAGAGAUUAAGAUUAAUGCAUGUUACAACACCUCGAUUUGUUCCUGUGUUUAAUCCUACGUCUCCUGAAGUGUUUCCUCAGAGCGCCUAGCACCUUCAUUCCUUGGUUAUUUCACAACGCAGUUUAGGGCACUGUACACGUUGUAGGAUCUGAGCAAGUAUUUGUAACAGUAUUUUACCUGUGCAUAGUAAAAGUCAGUCUUCUCAAAGAUAAUAAGUUUGUCUACUUCUCUUUUCAUGAAAUCAAUGAGUAUGGCUAGCUACUUUCUGUAGAUAGCUUUUUUUUCCCCCCUCCUACAAUUAGAUUUCAUCUAUCCAUUGCAAGAAUAUCUUGUUCCUGAUGGCUGUCAAAGUAUUCAAAUGUAAGCUUUAAAAAAAACAACCAAACAAAAAAACCCAAACUCGCAUAACAGCACCUAUAGUCAUUUGUAUCCUGCUUUCAUAGACCUGUGAACUGUAAUAGCAGGUCUCCAGUACUUUGGCCAAUAUUUACAGAAAUAAAUGGAGGUUUUGUCUCUCUAGCUUAGGACCUCUUAAAGGAUGGGUGGUCAUAGCCCAAACCCAUUUAAAGAUGUUUUCAUGAUACGUAAAAAUCACAAGUGAGUUGAAUUUUCUAACCUUCAUGUAAGUAAUUCCAAAAUUGCAUCCCUAGCCAAAGCAGAAAGGCCAUUGUGGGUUUCAAGCCCUACAAACUAAAAAGAAAUGUUUUAUCUUUAAAACUUUCUUUUAUAGUGUUUGGGCCUCUAUAUUUUUUUAAUCUCUUACCAAACUUUAUUAGAAACUUUUUCAAAUAAAAAUACUAGAAGUAGAUUAAGCUGUGUUAAACCUUUUAAGCUGCUAUGAUCUGUAACAGUGAUGAUGUUAAAAUAAAAACAAAACCAGCUGGUUUAAUGUUAUCUUAUUUAUGAUGUUCAAAACCCCAAAGGACAACAUACUUGAUGUGAAUGCAUUCAAUAUCUUAUGCAUGACCAUUUUUUGCUUUUUUCCCAGUGCAGGGGAAAGAUCUUGUAAGAUCUGAUUACCAAGUGUGAUUGAGAUGUGCUAUCAAAAUGAAGAACAAAUAAAUAAAGUGAAAUAUAUCUGUGA